AUGAAGGUCCUAGUAAUCGGAGCCACCGGCUUCAUCGGCAACGCCGUCGCCAUCGCCUUCUCCAACGCAGGCCACGACACAUACGGCCAGUCCCGCACAUCGGCAUGCGAAGCCCUUCUGCGUCGCGACGAAAUCUUCCCCCUCAUCGGCCCUCCCGAUGAGAUCGCAAAGCACUACGCACCCGGCAUGGACGUUAUUAUUGACGCCUGCCGGCCCGGUUUGUUCGGCGUCAACACAACCGCCAUCUACGACGCCGUGCUCGCGGCCUGCGAGUCGCGCUCGCCGCAACAUAAACUCACAUACAUCUUUGUCUCCGGCACAUGGACACACGGCACCCCGGCGCUCUACGAUCCGCUUAUGAGUAUUUCCGAACGUGCGCCGCUUGGCGUCGACCAAACCCCGCUCAUUGCCUGGCGUGCAGAUUUCGAAACUCGGGUCUUUGGUGCUGCUACCAACGAGGCGAUCAAAGGCGGCGCCGCUAUCAACCCGAUCGUGGUUCGCCCUAGUCUGCUCUAUGGCCGCUCAGGAUCGGUCCUUGCGGCCCUCUUUGAUCAGGCUUACAAAGGUGGGCAUAUCACCUGGCCCGGUGUUCCCGGCGUCUCGCGAUACAACACAAUCCACCAGGACGAUCUCGCGCGCCUGAUCCUGAUUAUCGCGGAGAAAGCGCCUAUCUUUUCCGGCCUAGCAAUCGACGCCGUCAACCCGCAGACUGAAUCGGCUGAAGACGUCGUGCGGUCGCUGAUCCGCGUCGCGGGCGGAAACCUCACGUACUCGUUCCGAGAACCCGAAAAUGAUCUUGAGCGGGCGCUUUGCAUCCCCACGCACUACUCGGCAUCGUUGGCGUACACGCUCGGAGGCUGGACUCCGCGAAAGCCAGGCCUUGUCGAUGGUAUGAAGCGUUACUAUGAGUCGUUUAAGGGCUUCCAAGAGUAG